CCGUCCUGAGAAUAGGAGGAGAAAUGCGGUGUUCACCUUGUAGUCUAGGUCUUGAUGCAGAACUUUAUUAUGUGAGAAACGACCUUAUUAGUCACUACGCUCUAUCCUUUAACCUGUUAGUACCCAGUGAGACAAAUUUCCUGCACUUCACUUGGCAUGCAAAGUCCAAGGUUGAAUAUAAGCUGGGAUUCCAAGUAGACAAUUUUGUGGCUAUGGACAUGCCCCAGGUCAACAUUUCUGCUCAGGGGGAAGUUCCACGCACUUUAUCAGUGUUUCGGGUCGAGCUUUCCUGUACUGGCAAAGUAGAUUCUGAGGUUAUGAUACUAAUGCAGCUCAACUUGACAGUAAAUUCUUCAAAAAACUUUACAGUCUUAAAUUUUAAACGAAGGAAAAUGUGCUACAAAAAGCUUGAAGAAGUAAAAACUUCAGCCCUGGACAAAAAUACUAGCAGAACUAUUUAUGAUCCUGUACAUGCAGCUCCAACCACUUCUACACGUGUGUUUUAUAUCAGCGUGGGGGUUUGCUGUGCAGUAAUAUUUCUUGUAGCAAUAAUAUUAGCUGUUUUGCACCUUCAUAGUAUGAAAAGAAUUGAACUGGAUGACAGCAUCAGUGCCAGCAGUAGUUCCCAAGGGCUGUCUCAGCCAUCUACCCAGACGACUCAGUAUCUGAGAGCUGACACACCCAACAAUGCAACUCCUAUCACCAGCUCCUCAGGUUAUCCUACCUUGCGGAUAGAGAAGAACGACCUGAGAAGUGUCACUCUUUUGGAGGCCAAAGCUAAGGUGAAGGAUAUAGCAAUAUCCAGGGAGAGGAUAACUUUAAAAGAUGUACUCCAAGAAGGUACUUUUGGGCGUAUUUUCCAUGGGAUUUUAGUAGAUGAAAAAGAUCCAAAUAAAGAAAAACAAGCAUUUGUAAAAACAGUUAAAGAUCAAGCUUCUGAAAUUCAGGUGACAAUGAUGCUCACUGAAAGUUGUAAGCUACGAGGUCUUCAUCACAGAAAUCUUCUUCCUAUUACGCAUGUGUGUAUAGAAGAAGGAGAAAAGCCCCUGGUGAUACUGCCUUACAUGAAUUGGGGGAAUCUUAAAUUGUUUUUACGGCAGUGCAAAUUAGUAGAGGCCAAUAAUCCGCAGGCAAUUUCUCAACAAGACCUGGUACACAUGGCUAUUCAGAUUGCCUGUGGAAUGAGCUAUCUGGCCAGAAGGGAAGUCAUCCACAAAGACCUGGCUGCUAGGAACUGUGUCAUUGAUGACACACUUCAAGUUAAGAUCACAGACAAUGCCCUCUCCAGAGACUUGUUCCCCAUGGACUAUCACUGUCUGGGGGACAAUGAAAACAGGCCGGUUCGGUGGAUGGCUCUGGAAAGUCUGGUUAAUAAUGAGUUCUCCAGUGCUAGUGAUGUGUGGGCCUUUGGAGUGACGCUGUGGGAGCUCAUGACUCUGGGACAGACACCAUAUGUCGACAUUGAUCCCUUUGAAAUGGCCGCAUACCUGAAAGAUGGCUACCGAAUAGCCCAGCCGAUCAACUGUCCUGAUGAACUAUUUGCUGUGAUGGCUUGUUGCUGGGCCUUAGACCCGGAGGAGAGACCCAAGUUCCAGCAGCUGGUGCAGUGUCUCACGGAGUUCCAUGCCGCCCUGGGGGCUUAUGUGUGACUCUCUCCUCACGGUCCCGCAGCUUCAGGAGCGCCGUGCCUGUCGGGGCUCCCUUGGAACGAGUCAUGGAUGCUUCGCACAUCGCACAACACCAGCAGAAGCUCAUGUGUCUUCCGGAACGCCGUGCCUUAGGAAUGCUUUAGAAUCUGAACUUUUAAAGACAGACUUAAUAAUGUGGAGUAUUUUCUAGAUAUCAUUUUUAUUAGGUUGAACUGAAAAGGCUUUUGUAAAUUUUUUGGCCCCCAAUUUUUUAAAACAUAGUUACUUUGGACCAGGGGUACAUUCUUACAAAAUAAAUAAACAGUUUUAAAAAUUGUUUAAACACAGAUAUUUGGAAUAGCUGUCUUAGUGCCAACUGCUUUCACUUCAUCAAGAUGAUAUAGGUGAUUCACCUUUAAAGUUUUUUUUAAAUAUUUAUCACUAGUCUUGGGAAUGGUUUGUCUUCAAGAUACAUUACUUUUUUCUCAGGAAAAGAAAAGCAGCAUAAAAAGAUGUCUGGUUUGCCUUGUACAGGAAAAGGCAAUAUUGGAGAAAGAAAACUUAAAGAAGAGCUAUGGGAAAAAAUGGGGGGGAAACCCUUAGAAAUAGAAGUUGUUCUUUUGUGGGAAACUGUUCUUUAUUUUUUAAUGGAAAUUAUUUCUGCUUCCUUAUUUUGGUGGAAGUAGCAGCUGAGUUCAUUGAAACAUCCUCAGUGUGCCUGGAAUUAGUGUUUCCAUGAGCCAGAAAUAGGUUUGGGGCAGGUCAGUAGUAAAUGAUGGCAGUUUUAUUUAUUUUUACUCUUUGAGAAAGGAGAAAAUACACGUUCAGAAAGUGAAAUCAUCUUUCUAAGAUUAAGUCUCCCUUUUAUUGCACCUGGGGUGUAAUGCACAGUAUUCUGGGUAGUAAAGAAAAAAAAAAAAAGCAAAUUGAUAGAUUCUGUGCUAAUCUUCAAGGCUGGAUUAAGUAUAAAGUUGUUUCUUAAAACACUUGAAAAAUUAAAGAUUUGUUUUAUCUUACAA